AUGGGAGCAAACACAGAGUUUAUCGCCAUGAGCAGCAUUGACCACAGUGGCCGCCACAAAACUAAUGACGAUAAAGACCAGAGAUCCGUCGCUAGAGCCCAGAAGGUCCAUGCCGUGGCGUUCCACGUCAUCUUCGCGUGGCUACUUGCCGUCGCGUUGGCCGGGUCGCUGCGCAAGGCAUGGGCUAUCCAGGAGCACAUCAGCUCGCUUGCGCAGAUUCAGCCCAGUUCAAGCGCCAAAGGAGAUGUGGUGGCUCACUUUGUCGACCAGGCGUUUCAGGCCUGGCGACCGACAGGCGGUGGCGGUGGCAACGACGACGGGGCGUCUUCCGGCGGGCUGCUCGCUCAACUGGACGAGUUUGGCCGUAUAAUCGACGAAGAUUCAGCAGAGGGAAUAGAGCUAGUUAUAUUAGGCAUGAUGAGUGCUGCUCGAGGAAGACAGGCGCAAAGGGACAACAGCAGCAGCAGCAGCGACCCGUCUGCGUGGGCAGAUGAGGGAGCGCUAUGCGAGGUUGAAUCUGAGCCCCUAAGCAGUGGUGGUCCUGUCGAACGGCUGUGCGGUAUUGAGAUGAUUUUUAGGGACGCCAUUGAUCUUGGCGACUAUGUAACGAACCCGCAAGCGCUGACUGAGGCCAAGAUUGCGCUGUCAAGCUAUUGGGAGUCUGGCGCCAUGCUGUGCAGCUAA